UCUGCAGGGAGUCCAGCAACAAUGGCAACCCAGCACCAUGGUAUGGAGUCCAUCCUGGGACAGUCAAAGACCAGCCAUGAUCUUGGAAACCAAGAUCAAGGAAAUCGCCAACUGAGAAUUGUCUUACUGGGGAAAACUGGAGCAGGAAAGAGUGCAACAGGGAACAGCAUCCUUGGGGAGAAAGUGUUUUCUUCUGGCAUUUGUGCAAAAUCCAUAAGCAAGGUCUGUGAGAAAAGGGUGACCACCUGGGGAGAAAGAGAAGUUGUUGUCGUGGAUACGCCUGGUGUUUUUGACACAGAUGUAUCAGAUGCUGACACAGGAAAGGAGAUCGCUCGCUGUGUUGCCCUGACUUCCCCAGGGCCCCAUGCUCUGCUCUUGGUGGUCCCAUUGGGCCGUUACACUGUGGAAGACCAUAAGGCCACACAGAAGAUUCUGGGCAUGUUUGGAAAGAAGGCUAGAAGGUUCAUGAUUCUCUUGCUCACCAGAAAGGAUGACUUGGAAGGCACUGACAUCCAUGAGUACCUAAACACAGCGCCAGAAGGCAUUCAAGAGCUGAUGUGUAAGUUUGAGAAUCGCUACUGUUUGUUCAACAACAGAGCCUCAGGGGCUGAACAGGAAGACCAGAGGACACAGCUGUUGACCUUGGUGCAGAGCAUAGUGAGGGAAAAUUAUGGGAGAUGCUUUACUAACAGGAUGUACGAAAGUGCUGAGGAUGUGAUUCAGAAACAAACCCUGGAGGUGCAAAAGCGCUACAAAGAGCAGCUGCAGAGAGAGCGCAUGCGCAUAAGACAGGCGUAUGAGGAGCAGAUCAGAGACCUGGAAGAUCAACUGGAGAGGGAAAGGAGAAAGGCGCUUAUGGAGAGGGAAUUCACCACAAUGGACGCUGUCUUUGCAGAGAAACAAGAAAAUGCUAGGAGGGAAGUGGAGAACGGAACUAGAAUUCUUGUAUUAAUUUUAAAAGCAUGGGAGAUUGUGUCCUUUAUCUUCAGCAGGUUUAUGCAAGACUAG